ACUCAGCUGGCUACAGAAAGCGUUUACAAGCUUUUACUUUGAGACUUGCCAAAGGGGGUGUGACCAAGUACUGACCAUGCAGGGUGCCCAAACUAUUGCUUUGGGCCCUUUUCGUUUUUUGUUAUUUUGAAACUGUCAAAAGAUGGAAAAAAGUUAUCUUGCUUAAAAUAUUAAAGAAAUGUGUCAUCUUUAACUUUAUGCCUUUUGGAAAUCAGGUCAUCUUUUACUCGCUUAGCUAUUCACAGUGACAGAAAUUUUGACUAGGUGUGCCCAAACUUUUGCAUACUACUGUACCUUGAACGAAAGGGGCUUUGAUUCUAAGGUAGGUUUGUUCGGCGCGGAAUCAGACAGGUGAAAUUCCCGGCAUUAUUAUAGAUAAAUGCCAGCAAGACAGAAUCAAGCUAUCGGGUUCCACGUGGAGUGCAGCGCUGGCAGAUGCGCCAGUGAUUCCACAGAUUUAUUCACCUGAGAGCAGCUGGUCUCCGGGGAUUUCUUUCGGAUUGUUAGCUACUGUCUGCGCGGCUGGUUCCAGUUCCAAAAGCGGUCUCGCAAUCCGAAAUAAAAGCAAGCAUUUAGGCCAGGCAACAUUUGUAAAAAUAACAAUUGAAAGGUUCUGAUGACAGAUCAAGGGUGUGAACUUUUUCUCUCCCUCCUCAGAUGCUAUCUGACCGGCAUUCUGUUUUCAGUCCAAAAACAGUACAAUUCAGUUAUUACGUACAGAGGUCUUUCAAUCUCUUCUAUGAUUUUAUAUUUGUCAGGUAUUUGUAUUUAGCAUUUCUCAGUAACGCAAGUAGAAAGGGUGAGUGUAAAGUUUGUACGUCCACAAAAUUGGGAGAUUGACUGAAAUACUAAUCAGACCUGAACGAACACCGAGCCCCAAUUGGCUAAAGGGAGCCCCGCCUCGGCAACAUCAUUGGAUAACUGCUGCGUUGGUUUACUUAUGCCCGCGGCUGAAUAGUCGAUUUGGUUGUCAUUCAUCGGCACCGUUGAAUUUCCGCUGUCAAAACUUUCGAAUGUCAGGAGGUGUUUCAGGUAUUAUUUUGCAGGCGUUCUGUAAAUGGAUGUUGGCACCGGGCCUCUGGUUGUCGAAGCUGUGCCAGUCUUGGACCAUCUUUUAAUCACACAUAAGUCAACAUUUGAUGUAAUCACCAAGAAUUCUGUAUUAUAGGCUCAUCUGUGUAAACCAGACAUGGCUAUGGAGGUAUUCAAUUCUAAGAGUCUGGCUGUGCAAGCCCAGAAGAAAAUACUUGGCAAGAUGGCUUCAAAGUCAAUAGCAACAGCAUUGAUAGAUGAUACAAGCAGUGAAGUUUUGGAUGAAUUAUACAAAGUAAGCAAGGAAUACACACAGAGCAAAAAGGAGGCAGAGAAGAUCAUCAAAAAUCUUAUCAAGGUGGUCAUAAAAUUGGUGGUUCUCAACAGAAAUAACCAGUUCAAUGAAGACGAGAUGUUACUCAUGGAAAAGUUCAAAAAGAAGGUUCAUCAGUUAGCAAUGACUGUUGUCAGUUUCCACCAAGUUGACUUUACUUUUGAUCGUAAUGUUUUGUCCAAACUUUUGAAUGAUUGCAGAGACAUGCUUCAUCAGAUUAUUGACCGCCAUCUAACAGCUAAGUCACAUGGACGUGUCAAUCAUGUUUUUAAUCACUUCGCAGAUUGUGAAUUCUUGGCUGCCCUUUACAAUCCAUUUGGACCUUACAAAGCUUCCCUGGAGAAAAUAUGUAAGGGUGUGAACAAAAUGUUAGAUGAUCAAAAUAUAUAACCAAUCAUUUGCAGCAUUUCCCAAAUUAAAUUGAAUAUUCUGUCAAACAUUAAAAGUUUUCUGAAAUGCCGAUGGAUAUUCAUGUAAAAUGCAUUUUGUUUAAAAAAAAGCAUUUUGACUUUUUCUUACAAAGUAAUUAUUUCCUACUUCUGUAACAAAAUGCACAAAGUGGCUAAAUGUUCCAACAUGUUUCUUGUCCAGCAAAGAAUGAACUCUUCUUGCCGAACUCCAGCAACUUAUCAGAUGAGUGGUCUUGGCUUGUGGACUGACACUGAAGAAGAAUUUGGAUGAAUGGGACAUUUCCAGCAUGCCAAAUACUUUUUCCACCUGGUAGUCUACAGAAACUGAUAUUUGUUCUUUCCUUUUUAACUGUUUUUAAAAUAGAACAGUUGCUUUUUAAAAACUGUACAUAAAAAAAAAACUGGAAAGAAAUCUAAUGUCCUAACGUGAUGCUUAUGGAAUGUAGUGUGAAUAGUUCAGGAGUGCAACAGUGUUAUAACCAAGGAUGGCAAAUAUCAAAUAUUUUUCCCCUGCAUAUGGUUAUGAUUUUGUUUUUCAACUGAUUACAGUCAUUGAAUUAAUAAAAAAUUGAACA